AUGGCUUCGAACAUAGACGCAGCUCGCGCAAAGAUUGCUGAACAAGUCAAGAUAGAUAUCUUAUCAAAGGACCCUGUCAAAGAUAAUGAAUUAAAGUGCAAGGAAAUCGGCCGUACCUUUAUCUUUCCUACCAAGGAGAUGUAUCAAUACGCGGUUCUCUCUACUUUGGGUGAUGAUGUUUAUCACGAACCAUCUACAGUUGCCCUUGAAGCACAUCUAGCGCAGCUCCUUGGCAAAGAGGCAGCUCUAUUCGUCGCGUCUGGGACGGCAUCCAACCAAAUCGCGUUGAGGUCGCAUUUAAAGCAACCUCCGCAUUCUGUGCUAUGUGAUCACCGUGCACAUAUUUAUAAGUAUGAAGCAGGAGGUGUUGGCUUUCACUCCCAAGCUGCUGUCACUCCCGUAAUUCCUGCAAACGGGCAUCAUCUGACACUUUCGGAUGUCGAAGCAAACACUAUCAUCAGUUCUGAUGUCCAUUUCGCACCAACGGAAGUCAUCGCUCUAGAGAAUACCCUCAAUGGAACCAUCAUCCCGCAGGAUGAAGUUAUCGCCAUCUCUGACUUUGCCCACUCCAACAAUAUCAAGAUGCAUCUCGACGGAGCUCGGCUCUGGCAUGUCGCAGCAGAGACUGGUGUGUCGCUCAAGGAGCUUUCUGACCCAUUCGACUCUGUCAGCGUCUGCUUUAGUAAAGGAUUGGGUGCUCCAAUAGGCUCGUGCUUGGUCGGCAGCAAGGAGUUGAUCAAGAAGGCCCGUUGGUUCCGCAAACUCUUUGGAGGCGGCAUGAGGCAGACUGGUGUCCUCGCUGGAUGCGCUGCAUAUGCAUUAUCUCAUAAUUUCCCUCUCCUCCCAAGAGUACACGAACUCACCAGAAAGCUCGAAACUGGCCUUGAGAAGAUCGGUGCAGAAAUAACUAGUAGAGCAGAGACUUGUAUGGUGUUCUAUGAUCCGUCGCCAAUCGGCGUGGACUACGGCGAGAUCGCUGAUAGGGCAAGUUUACUUCCUGAACCCCUCUUCCUGGGGGGAUCACGCUUGGUCGUCCACAUUCAAACCACCGAGCAAGCUAUAGACGACUUCCUUUCGCUUGUUGCGCAGUUAGCCGAGGAGAAAAAGAAAGCAGGAUUUGUUCCCCAGCCCGUAGAAAAGAAAACGGGGAGGUACCACGAUGUGUAUGUCAGGCGGCCUCCCAAGCAGGCGUGA